AUGAAGUUCAUUGCACUUGUUUCCGGAGGCAAGGAUUCGUGCUAUAGUAUUCUUCACAGCAUUCGUCAAGGGCAUGAAAUCGUAGCGCUGGGAAAUUUGCACCCAGUAGAUGAAUCGCAACAAGAGCUGGACAGCUAUAUGUUCCAAACUGUGGGCCAUGAUAUAGUAAAAUGGUAUCAGAAGUGCACAGGCUUACCAUUGAUUCGUCGCGCUAUUCGCCCAGCGACGUCCAAAAAUGUUUCUUUGAACUACUUUCCUACAGAGGAAGAUGAAAUCGAAGAUCUAUUGGAGCUGCUGAAGGAGGCCAAGCGACUAAUUCCUGACCUUGCAGCUGUCAAUGCCGGUGCCAUACUUUCUUCUUAUCAAAGAACGAGAGUUGAAGAUGUGUGCUCAAGGUUGGGUCUUGUGUCACUAAGCUAUCUAUGGCAGCGCAACCAGAAACAGCUAAUGACAGAAAUGUGCUACAUGUCCAAGUUAGACUGCGAAGAGCAUGCUCAAAAGAUGGAUGCCAGGUUGAUAAAGACCGCAGCGGUGGGUUUAGACCAGCAAGUCUUGGGAAAAUCAUUGCCACAGAUUUUCCCUCUUCUUUUAAAACUCAACGAAAGGUAUGACGUUCACAUCUGCGGAGAAGGUGGUGAAUUUGAAACUAUGGUAUUUGACGCACCAAUAUUUCAUCAUGGCUACCUAAGAGCACAUGUUUUGGAAACUGAAGGAAGCGACAACUCUGAUGGUGUCUAUAGUGCAAGAAUGGAGGUUGAGUUUGUUGAGCGUGAGAAUUCUCAAACAUUAUCCAAUCUUUUGAAGGACUUGCCAGUUCCGAAAGUCUUGGAAGACCCGUGGAUGGAGUUGCUAGAACAAGUUACUAUUGCUGUCGAUGACCCAAAUGAUAUAGAGUAUCCCUAUAAAGAAGAGAUACCCCACAGUUCAAAUACAUCGAUUAAUGAAAUCAAAAAUUUAAUGUAUGUUUCGAAUAUAACACCAAAAAACGGCGACACAGUGGAAACCAAAACUCGAGAUGUUUUUGCUCAGCUCAACGAAAUAUUGAAAAAGAGAAGUUUGUUCCCAAGUCAAAUCUUGGCAUCUUCCUUAUUGCUUGAAAAAAUGAGUAACUUCGCCUCAGUCAACGCAGUCUACAAUGACUUCUUCCAGGUUACAAACAAUGGGCCGCUACCCCCCUCUAGGUCCUGUGUGGGUAGCAGCUUAGUCGGUAGGAAUAAGACUCUUCAAUUAUCUGUUAUUGUAGACACAGAAGGAAAAAUACGUGAGCAGAAAAACAUGGUCUUUAACGAAACGAAAGGCGGUUUACACGUCCAAGGUCGCUCUUAUUGGGCUCCUUGCAAUAUUGGUCCCUACUCUCAAGCGAUUUGGAACAAAGACGAUGCUAAUCAGAUCUCCUACAUCAGCGGUCAAAUUGGUUUGAUCCCUGCUACCAUGAUUAUGACAGGUGCGCUGGACGAGAAAACUAAUGAUAAUGUGUCGCAAGCAGUCUUGUCGUUACGUCAUUUCGAUACGAUCAAGAUUGCUAUUAAUGCCCAGCAUCAGCUUACAACUGUAUGUUAUGUGUCUGAAGAGUUUAUGGUACCCAUUGUUGCCAAAGUUUGGGCACUAUACUGUAAAGAAAUGGCAGCUUCAGUUGAUUCAUGGUUCGAACGGCCCACAGAAGAUCCUAGAUCAUUAAUCAUAGUCAAGAUUUCAGAGCUUCCUAGAGAAGCAAAAUGCGAAUGGGGCGGUGUCGCAUGUAGCCGACUAACGGCAGAAUCUGAUGACUGCUACGAAAGCGAUAGCGAUGGGAAUGCAUGCGACAUCUCGAAGACUUCGAAUGCUCCACAUUUGCCUGAAGGUUUUUCUGUUUCUGUCCAAAAUUCUAAGAAAUGUAGAACGUACUACACGGGAUUUUUGGAUUCUCAAAAAGAGCUUGAAAGGUUUAUUGAAACUCGCACAAUUUCGCAAGCAACAAUAUUUUACCAACCGACAUUUGGGCUACCUGUAAACAUUUCGCAAAACGGAAUCGAGCUUUUCCCUGUCGAGAAAGUUUACGAUCACAACGGAUGCGAAAAGCUCGUAGGAAUACAAAUGGUGUGCUAG